ACAUCCGCGCGUCUCUUCACGAAAUGCCGUUUUCAGGUGAAAGAGUUACUGCGGCAGAUCGAAAUAGACUGGAAAGUAAAUCCGACGGCGAAGGAGUAUGAGAUUUUAGUGAAUUAUACGUCGAAGGGGAGAACGUUGUGCAUCAUUUACUCAACUAUGUUGUGUAACGCACUCGUGUGCUUUAUCAUGACAUCGAUGAUCUCGCCGAUACUGGACAUCAUCUUACCCCACAACGGCACGCGCGUGAGAAGCUUAGCCUACGACCUCGAUUACGGGAUUGACGUUCAGACCCACUGGCUAUGGUUGUGGCUGCACAGUAGUACGACAUCAACAGCGACUGUAUUAAAUAUCAUUGGCCCCGAUCUGAUGUACGUUACGCUUACCGUUCACAGUUGCUGCCUGUUUGCGAUAGUAAGACACAAAUUGGAGCACGUUGCCGAUUCGAUAAAAAAACACAUCAUGCAAUCUCUCGAGAAUCAUAAUUAUAAUGUUGAAUGCUACGUAAAAUAUGAAGAUCGACAACUAAGAUUAAAAGAGCAAGCUGCUGUCAUGAGAGAAUGCGUCAUUAAUCAUCAAAGAGCAAUACAUUGUGUGCAAUUAUUGCACUGCAUUUAUACGUGGUGUUUCCUCGUCAUAUUAGGCUUAAACCUAAUCAUCAUAAGUAUCUCUGCAGUUCAAUUAGUGAGCAGGCUUGCCCCAUUCCAAUGGGACGGAAUGGCGACAUGCGUUAUGUUUAUAUGUGGCCAACUGAUUCACUUGUUUUUUCUUAGCUUAUUGGCGCAAUAUCUGCUGGACCAAAGCUCGAACGUUCACGAAUCAACGUAUUCAUGCUUCUGGUAUAAUAUGCCUGUCCAGAUACAGAAGGACAUUGUACUGAUCUUGAUAAGAAGUCGUAUACCGUGCAAGCUAAUGGCUGGAAAACUAUUCGUAAUGUCGCUGGAGAACUUUUGUACGAUACUGCAGACGUCAAUGUCCUAUUUUACAGUGUUGGCAUCUUUCCGAUAAGUAUUUGCAUCUUCUUUUCACUGAAAUAACUAACGUCUUAUGCACAUUUAUAAAAUU